AUGAAAUCUCAAAAUUUUUUAUUCCCAACAGCUCCCAGAACAACAAGGUCAUUAAGUCCUCAACCACAAAAAAUUAAUAAAUUAUUAUCACCAAGUUUUACAGCUUUAUAUCCUAAAGCAUUUGAUGAUAAUUCAAAGAAUUUUUUACCUGAAGGAGGAUCAGGAAAAUUAGAAAGAUCUAAUUCUAUUGUCCCUCCAAGAUUGUCAAUAUCUUUGUGUCCAAAUUUAACUACAAGUCAAAUAAUGUCAAUCAAAAAAUCUUGGAAACAUAUUAAUACAAAAGGAUUGUUUAAUGUUUUGAGACGAUGUUACCAAAGAUGUCAAUCCUGUUGUCCAAAUGUAGCAAAAGUAUUUUCAACUGAAAACAUAAAAAAACAACAAAAUAUAUAUAGCUGUGGAGUGUCGGAACAUACAAAAUAUUUUAUAUCUCUUUUAGAUCGUAUAAUUGAUAACGAACCAAAUAUUGAACAUGAAUUGAGAAAUGUCGGAAAGGAGCAUGCUAAAUUAUAUGAAGAGUAUAAGUUAAGUAUUACUGAUAUAGAAAGAUUGGGUGAAAUAAUUGCUGAUGUAUUUCUUAAACUUGAUGGUAUAAGACAAAAUAAAGAAACAAGCAAAUCAUGGAGAAUAUUAAUAGCAUCAAUUAUUGAUGAAGUAAGUGUUGGAUAUGAAAGUGAAUUACGACUUUAUAGAAGAAAAAGUGCUAUUGUUUAUGAUAAUAGUAAUUAUAAUGCUUAUAAACAUUCAUCACCUAUCAAUAAUUCAGAAUAUUCUCCAUAUCGGCAGGAAUCAUAUAUGUCUGAAGGAACAUGUAAUAAUCAAAUUGAAAGGUUAUGCAAAAAAGUAGAAGAAUUUUAG